GCAUCGGGCAUUGAUCCAAUUCCAUGGAUGUUACACCCUUUCAGGUUGGGAUGACAUUCGACUCGCUCCCGGAGGCGCGUCACACUCUCCUUCGUCAUGCCGUCGAUCGCCAUGAGUCCUACAUGGUCGUUAAGUCGGAGGCAACUCGCCACAUUGCCAAAUGCAGAGAUCCUCUGUGUGAAUAUGAAGUUCGCAUUGGCACCAAGAAAGGUAAGUUUCGGGUCACGGUCUACAACCCUCAUACAUGCCCUCCUUCCACACACAACAAUUGGAAGCACUCCCGCUCGUCCAAGUUGAAACCGGACUAUAUCAUACCGGAUAGCGGAAAUAAGAAACGUGCAAGGCGGGAUUCGACCGUGUCAAGUGAGGGUGAUGCGCGAGAACAAAACCGGCACCGAUCGCGCCAAGCCUGCAUACAAUGUCGGUCGCGGAAAGUCAAGUGCGAUGGAAACAACCCUUGCAGGAUCUGCGCGGAUUCGGGUAGUGACUGCGGAUAUACGCCGAUCGCUCAGUCGGCCUUUGCGAGGCGCCAAGCUCUGGUUACAAGUCAUGGAGUUCCCGAGGGAGUGACAGCGGCUCGCGACGAUCGCACCGAAGCCACGGACGGCCCAUCCACUCCCCGCGGAAUCUUGGAGCCGUGGAAACAGCGAUUCGUGGGGAGAGAGGCAUCGAUCGCAUUCCCACUCUUCGUCGGGCUGGAUGUGCAGGCGGCCAAUCCCCCACGUCUGCAUUCAUUCGCGUACAAUCCGGGAGUCAGGCGCGAGCCAGAAACUACAGUCGAUUUCGAGAUUGCGGAGGCUAUUACCUGGGAAAUUGCUAGGAGUCUUAUCGAUGUUUAUAUAGCCUCCAUCCACCCCUUGUUCAAUUUCUGCGACCACGAGAAACUGCUGCAGCGAGCUGAUGACCACUGGCAUGGCAAGCCCCAAGGGUUGAGCUUCGAGGCUGUAAUAAGCGGGGUCGUUGCAUUAGGCUCCUUAUUCAAUGCAGCCCUGAGCGAAGAAAAGGAGCUAUGGACUGUGCAGCACGCGAAAAGCAUUCUCGAGGACUCCGUGGUUGGCCGGCACCCUACGAUCGAGCAAGUAGCUGCCUACAUCUUGCGCACAAUCUAUGUCCGCUCCACCAGCAGGCCACAUCUAUCGUGGCUCUGUAGCUGCAAUAUGAUGCAUCUCGUCGAAGCCACUGGAUUGCAGCACGGGCCGGACGCUUUUAUCCUGGCGCCAGGUCGAGCCCCUCCGGACUCAGCACAAAGACAGCCAUACAACCCGAAGCGAACAGCGCAGGUCGCCGAAUGUUUGCACGUUUUGAUCGCCUGCGACUACGGACGUUCUGUGAUGAACUCCAGUAUUCACGCGAGGCAAGAAGAUUUCGCCGCCACAUUCAAGACGGACCUAACUGCUCAGCUCUGUACGUUGGUUCAAGCCAUCCCUGUCACAAUUCCAGGACCGGGAGCAGGUUCAGGGGCAACGGAACAAUUAUCUGCGCUGAGCAAGGUGGCCUCUAUCGAUGUCGAACAUGAAUUUCUGGUCUUAGUCAAAGCUGAUCUCGUGUUCUGCUUAUAUCGCAGGCUCCGGCUGAUCAACCUACGUCUUGACCCACAACAGGUUGACGACAUCAUCACCACGGGCGCAGCAGCUCUUGAGCCGGCACAAAGGCUCGUCACGAUGAAGAAGCCCUGGUGGAACGUUUUGGGCACCGUCUUUCAAUUUGCCUGCGUAUUGCUUGCGCUAGACACGCCAGAGAGUCUCGCCCAAAUUCCGAGAGCGCUGGAGACUCUGGAACGAAUAUCAGACCAGCUGAAUACACACUUGGCCACCGAAGCUCUGAGUACGAUCCGGCAGCUCGUCCGAGCCUCCAUUGACAAAAAGCGCCAGGGCAUUGAGCACCUCGAGCGUUCCCUAGGCGAGGGCAGUCACGGCCAUGCGGACGACACGGUCAUUCCGCCUGCGCCGCAUGAUGUCUCGUUCGAUCCUUAUGCGCCGCCGGAUGCGAUCGACCUGGACUUCCUGCUUAACAUGAAUUUCUAGCACUAUGCAUUGCAGAGGUGCUUCGAACCCGAGAAACCAAGCAAAUAACCUGCCGCUAUGAAAUCCCUUACGGUUUCUGGUCUUCCAGCCAGUUAAUGCAACCUGCGUUGAGG